AAAAGUGCAUGGGGACGAUGAUGGGGGGAGGCCAUGUUGAAAGAAAACAACGAAAGCAUUUACUGCUUCUUAUUUGUGACCCCAUCGAGAAACGGGGUGGUUGUUAUUUCAAAAACAUGUGUUUAUUAGAAGCAACUAGGAUUUCUUCAGAUAGCGUAAACCGUUCACACCGUGAACAAGCAGAUAUUGGUGUGAACGGUUCUCAAGGCAGUCCUGCAGUCACUACACAGAGUACAGAAACAACAACUCAUAUUUCUUCAGUGGGUUCACCUCCUCAAAGAGUGUUUUCAGAGGAUACCCAUUCUCUUGAACGUCAGGUUGCUGAACACCGACGCACAAGGGAAACAAGCGGAGAUACUUUUGGUACGCCACAAAAUUCGCGGCGGGGCUUUGCAGAGGUAUUCAGAAGACUGCGGCCGAAAGCAGAUGAAAAACCAAGGACACCUCGAUCCAGUCCAAGAACCAAUAAUGACGUUGCUGCUUCUAGACAUCGUCACAACACCAAUCGUAGCAAUCAAGAUUGGGGUGUGUCAUCAAGAGAGACCGUGCCUUUGGUGGUUUCUGGUUCAGACUGUGGUUACAAGUUAGAGGGACCAAAACCACCUCCUCCACCUCCUUUGGUUCCAGAAUCAACUGCUGUGUAUGAGUUAGUUUCUGAAGAUGAGAAGGAGGAUAUCUGUCCAACUUGCUUGGAGCCUUAUACUGAGGAGAAUCCGAAGAUAACAGCAAAAUGUGGCCAUACUUUUCAUCUUUCUUGUAUUUAUGAGUGGCUUGAAAGAAGUCGGUAUUGUCCUGUCUGUGCCAAUAUUAUGGAAUUUGAAGAAAAUAACAUUUAGCUAUCCAUAUAUAUAUAUAUAUAUAUAUAUAUAUAUAUAAAGAUUAGAAACGGAAU